AUGAGUACUAUUUUGUCUGCGGACGACCUGAAUGACUUCAUAUCACCAGGAGUGGCGUGUAUCAAGCCUGUAGAGGUUGAAAAGUCGAAUGAAACGGGACGAGCAGAGAUUGAAAUUGGUAUAGAUGGCAUUCCUAUGGAAGUGUCACAAGAUAGCGGCGAGAAAAAGUCAUUGAAAUCAGCACAGAUCAGUCUUAGUGACUGUUUGGCAUGUAGUGGUUGUAUAACUUCAGCAGAAACAGUACUGGUUUCGAUGCAGAGCCACAGUGAGGUUCUAUCUGCUCUAGAGAAGAACAGUCAGUUACCAGUAACCAGUCCCGACAGAAAGAUCUUUGUUGCUUCUAUCAGUCACCAAGUACGAGUCUCACUAGCAGCAGCGUUUGAUCUGUCUGUUUCUGAAGUUGAUAACAAACUACGAGACCUACUAGUGACGAGGCUUGGAUUCAGAUAUGUCAUUGGUACUGAGAUAGGGCGGGCUAUAGCACUUGAACACGCAGCAAUCGAAGUUUCUGAGAAAUCUAGUGGUACAGGACCAGUACUCUGUAGCUCAUGUCCAGGAUGGACAUGCUACGUAGAAAAGACACAUGCUCAUAUGAUUCCAUACCUAUCAAAAGUCAAGUCCGCUCAGCAAAUCACCGGUACCUUGAUCAAAGAAAUUAUAUCCAGACAAACAGGUAUCAAAAAGAACAAUAUAUACCAUGUGAGCAUAAUGCCGUGUUUCGACAAGAAACUCGAGGCGGCACGAGCAGAGUUUGGCGAAGGUAAUGCCGACUCGGAGGACGAGGUGCGCGAUGUGGACUGUGUUAUUACGUCCAAAGAAAUCGUCCAGCUUUUAAUUGAAAAGGAUAUUCCCUUCGAGUCGCUGUCAUCUCAGACACUUCCCCAACUAUCAGAAAAAGCACUUUCUCCUGACGGAUGGCCAUACCAACACCAGUGGUUAUCUCACCAGGGAACAUCAUCAGGAGGAUACCUCGAACAUGUGAUUGCACGACUUAUCCACACCAGAAGCAAAAACCCGUCCAACACAAGCAUCCAGGUUAUUCCUGGCAAAAACGCCGACAUUGUCGAGUACCACGUGCAAGAAGACGGCCAGACUAUUGCUCGAGUAGCACAAAUCUACGGUUUCAGAAACAUCCAGAACCUAGUGCGAAAACUCAAACCAGCCUCUUCAUCUGCAUCAGGAGCGGUCAGAAAAUCCCGAGUUGUAGUCUCACGACGGGCAGCAUCAUCAGCAAACGGUACACACAACUCCAUCGUGGCUACUCAAGACCCCUCGAAACUGGACUACGUCGAAGUCAUGGCGUGUCCUGGCGGGUGUAUCAACGGCGGCGGUCAAAUCGGCAAACCCGACACUGUCACUGCCAAAGAAUGGAAAGAUAAACUCGAGCAUCUCUACUCAGCCAUCGCCCAAACAGAGAUCACAAGAGCUCAAACCAACCAAUGGAUCGAGCAACUAUGGCUGGCAUCUCACCCCACCGACAUGUCACGCCUACUCACCGCCAACUACCAGGCCAUCGCACCACCAGAACCCACCGAGUCCACAGCCGCCAUCACUCUAGGUACCAAGUGGUAG